AUGAUCUCGGCGGCCAAGUUGUCGCUCACUGUUUUCACCAUGGACCCGAAGGAGUUCAAUCGUCACCCGACCACCACCGUCAACGGUACGUCUUUACCACUCGUCCGUAAGCCCGAACUCCUUGGCGUGCGUUUCGAUCCGCUCUUCACGUUCGCUGGCCAUGCCAGAGAGGUCGCAGGCAAAGUGAGCUGCUGCACCAAGGUUCUAGUGGGCACAUCCUGGGGUUGCGCGAAAGAGACUUUAGCAACCACAUUCAAAGUGCUGGUAAAGUCGCACCUCACCUAUGCGGCACCAAUCUGGUCUCCUACGAUCAACUCUUCCAGCCUCCGCCGCCUUCAGUCAGCAUUGAAUGCCGCCCUCCGCUCAAUCACGGGUUGGUAUAAAAUGUUGCCUAUCGAUCAUCUUCAUGCACAGGCCUCUGUCCUGCCGAUCGGCCCUCACAACGCACUCUUAGGCCAGCAGUUUUAA